GUUGGACGGGAGUGAGUGUGUUUCGGGACGGUCUAGGUCGCGGUCCGGGGCUGAGGCGCCGCGGACCACGAGUUGAGUGCAAAUUCUAGACCAACAUCCUGCCUCCUCAGGAGCCUACACUGCCAGGCAGCAGAAUUGUGAACUAGAGUGAAGCAGCAUCUAGGAAUAUGAGCUCCAUGAUGGCCAUGGGGUGAACCAAGGCUGAACUGGGAUGUUUCCCCCAAAAAUGGCCUUAAGACAUUUUUCUCUCGAGAAAAUUCAUAAGAUCAUUCCAUGGCUCCAAGUUUUAAAAGAACUAUGUAUUUUAUCUAGCAGACGUAUAGGAGAAAAUUUGAAUGCCUCAGCAAGUUCUGUAGAAACUGAGCCGGCAGUUAGUUCAGCAACUCAAGCAAAGGAAAAAGUGAAAACCACAGUUGGAAUGGUUCUUCUUCCAAAACCAAGAGUUCCUUAUCCUCGUUUCUCUCGUUUCUCACAGAGAGAACAGAGGAAUUAUGUGGAUUUGUUGGUUAAAUAUGCAAAAAUCCCUGUGAGUUCCAAAGCUGUUGGAAUAAAUAAAAAUGACUACUUGCAGUACUUGGAUAUGAAAAAACAUGUGAAUGAAGAAGUUACAGAAUUCCUAAAAUUUUUGCAGAAUUCUGCAAAGAAAUGUGCACAGGAUUAUAAUAUGCUUUCUGAUAACGCUCGUCUCUUCACAGAGCAAAUUUUAAAAGCUUGUAUCGAACAAGUGAAAAAGUAUCCAGAAUUCUAUACUCUCCAUGAAGUCACCAGCUUAAUGGGAUUCUUCCCAUUCAGAAUAGAGAUGGGAUUAAAGUUAGAAAAAACUCUUCUCGCAUUGGGCAGUGUAAAAUAUGUGAAAACAGUAUUUCCCUCAAUGCCUGCGAAGUUGCAGCUGUCAAAAGAUAACAUACCUACCACUGAAACACCAGAACAAACAGCUGCAGCUAUGCAUUAUGACAUUAGUAAAGACCCAAAUGCAGAGAAGCUUGUUGCAAGAUAUCACCCUCAGAUAGCUCUAACUAGUCAAGCAUUAUUUACCUUAUUAAAUAAUCAUGGACCAAGCUACAAGGAACAGUGGGAAAUUCCAGUGUGUAUUCAAGUAAUACCUGUUGCAGGUUCAAAACCAGUUAAAGUAAUUUAUAUUAAUUCACCACUUCCCCAAAAGAAAAUGACAAUGAGAGAGAGAAAUCAAAUCUUCCAUGAAGUUCCCUUAAAAUUCAUGAUGUCCAAAAACACAACUGUUCCAGUCUCUGCAGUAUUUAUGGACAAACCAGAAGAUUAUAUAUCUGAAAUGGAUUCCAUCUUUGGAAAUGCCCCUUCGAUCCUUGGGAGGGAAAAGAUGUCUUAUGAAGUUAAUGAGUGCCGAAAAAUUGAGACCCAUGAAAAUUUGGAUCUGGAUUUUGAUGAUGAUGUCACAGAACUUGAAACUUUUGGAGUAACCACCACCAAACCAUCAAAGUCACCGAGUCCAGCAAGUACUUCCAUAGUACCCAACAUGACAGAUAUGCCCCCAGCCCCCAGCAUAGCAAUCGCAUCUGAGGCACCAACUGCACCAGACAUUACUGCUCAUUCUAGAAGUUUAUCUCAGAUUCUGAUGGAACAGCUGCAGAAGGAGAAACAGCUGGUGACUGGUAUGGACACUGGCCCUGAAGAGUGCAAAAAUAAAGACGAUCAGGGAUUUAUCCCCUGUGGUGAAAAUGUAUCAAAUUCUGAGAAGUCUUUGGUACAAGAUAGUGACUUGAAAACAUCUGAUGCCUUACAAUUAGAAAGUUCUUCAGAAAUUGAAACCUCUAAUAAAAAUGAUAUGGCUUCUGAUAUGGAGUGUGUUGAUGAAAGAGUGAAUGUUCCAGAGAACACAGACAAUAAUUCAAAGGAAAAGACUGUUACAUCAGAAGCAGCUAAAACUGAAGAUGUAAUACUUUGCCAUAGUGAUACAGAUGAAGACUGUUUAAUCAUUGAUACAGAGUGUCAAAAUAAUAGUAACGGAAAGACAACUGAUAUGGGUUCUAAUUUAAGUUCUAAACCAGCUAGCCUAGAUUCUUCCUCAGGACAGGCUUCUGUAGGAAACCAGACUAAUACUACCUGUAGUCCUGAAGAGUCAUGUGUUUUAAAAAAACCUAUCAAACGAGUAUAUAAAAAAUUUGAUCCAGUUGGAGAAAUUUUAAAAAUGCAGGAUGAACUCUUAAAACCAAUUUCCAGAAAAAUACCUGAAAUGCCAUUGAUGAAUUCAGAAAAUUCUAAACAACCUCCUAGUUCUGAGCAAGCCUCUGCUACUUCAGAUGCCUCUAGUUGGCCAAAAUCUAUAUGGCCUUCUGCGUUUCAGAAGCCAAAAGGACGAUUGCCAUAUGAACUUCAGGACUAUGUUGAAGAUACAUCAGAAUAUGUAGCUCCUCAGGAAGGAAAUUUUGUUUACAAGCUAUUUAGCCUACAAGACCUGUUGUUACUUGUGCGAUGCAGCGUCCAGAGGAUAGAGACCAGACCACGUUCUAAAAAACGGAAGAAAAUCAGAAGACAAUUUCCGGUUUACGUACUACCAAAAGUGGAGUAUCAAGCUUGUUAUGGAGUUGAAGCUCUGACUGAAAGUGAACUUUGUCGCUUAUGGACUGAAAGUUUAUUGCAUUCCAACUGCUCAUUUUAUGUUGGACAUAUUGAUACAUUUACUUCAAAGCUUUUCCUGCUAGAAGAAAUCACCUCAGAAGACUUAAAAGAAAGACUUUCAGCACUCAAGAUAUCAAGUUUAUUUAACAUCCUUCAACACAUUCUAAGAAAAUUAAGUAGCUUGCAGGAGGGUUCCUACUUGUUGUCUCACGCAGCAGAAGAUUCUUCACUCCUGAUCUACAAGACCUCUGAUGGAAAAGUUACUAGGACAGCGUACAAUUUGCAUAAAACACAUUACAGCCUUCCUGGUGUACCUUCCAGUCUCUCAGUCCCCUGGGUCCCGUUAGACCCCAGUCUCUUAUUACCAUAUCAUAUCCAUCAUGGAAGAAUACCUUGUACUUUUCCACCUAAAUCACUAGGUCCCACAACACAACAAAAGAUUGGUGGAACAAGAAUGCCUACCCGCAGCCGCAGGAAUUCGGUUUCCAUGGAAACCAAAAGUCUGCCUGCUCAGCAAGUUGAAAAUGAAGGAGUGGCUCCAAGUAAAAGAAAAAUAACUUAAGGACUGUACCAUGGAAAACGAAGAAAAACCAGUUAUCACAACAUUCAAUUUAGAAAAGUUUGAGGGGAAAUAUACCUGAAAGAUCUGUAGGCAAGAGGAAUGUUUUUCUUUUACUGUUCUUGAGAGUUUUUAUAGUGCCUCGAAAAUACACAUUGACUAUGUGAAGCAGUGUUCCAACUAAAAUGGAAUGUUGUGCUCUUAACACCUGAUGUUUGAGGAGGCUCCAGAUUGGCAGGGAGAUAGAGAAGAAAGUAUUUUUAUAGUAGACCUUUUGCAAAAAAUUGUAAGUAGGAAAAUAAUUUGCUUUUUUUCAAGAGCAAUAUUUAUCAUUAUGUAUUAUGUUAAUCAUUUGAGUUGUAUUGCCGGUCUGUUGAGGUUGGCUCAAGAGGUUAAAUCUUGCCACUGUCAGAGAUAAUUUUGAGCUACGUAAACCUUAUUUUUGACCCAUCUGACAGUUUCUAUAUACUACUUUAAAAUGAUGAUUGUUGCAGGUUAAUGAAGUUAAUAUCUUUAAAAACUUGGAGAAAUUCCAUUGCAGAAGCCAAAAAAGGAAAAAUAAAAAAUAAAAAACUCUCUGCCUCUGAAAAUUCACAAUACUGAGAAUGUAUAAGCAAGAAAGUGACAUUGGCAGUAUGAGCAAAGAUUUAAAAAAAAAAAAAACAGACUCAGUGUUGGCAAGGAUGUGAUGAGCUUGACCCACUUAUAUCUCUGAGGUGAAGAAAAACAAAAAACAAACAACUUCCCUUGUCAAAGAGUGAGACCCAUGUCCAAUCGCCGGCAUGCUGAAAAGAAGCCUGCUCCACAACUCGGGGGUUGUGUGAAUGCCAAUACCAAAUAUGCCUGCCACAUUUGUGAGAAUGUGGCCGAGCCAAUGAGAUAGAAGGUGCAGAUCUUAAAUCUACUGGAGUUGGACACGUCAGAAAUGGGUAAUAAGUACUACAGAUCCUCACACAAGAAUUAGGAUUUUUCCAGACGCUUAGCACCUAAGUAAUAUUUGUAUAUAUGUUGUGGAAAAUGCUGCUUGAAGGAAUGAUAGAGGCUGAGAGAGUUUGAAAUAUUUAUCCUCUGACUUGCCGAACCAUAAAAAUGCAACAAAAUGCACUGAGGUUGUUCCUAAAUCCAAUGAGAAGUGUUCUUCUGAAAGACAGAAGAGGAGAAGAUGCAGAAACAGAGAAGAGGGGCUUGUGAAGAUGGAGGAAGAGAUUGGAGUGAUACAGUCACAAAGAAUGACUGGGGCCGCCAGAAGCUGGAAGAGACAAGGAAGGAUUCUGCUUUAGAGCCUCCAGAGGGAGUAUAGCCCUGCUGAUACCUCAAUUUCACACUUCUGGCUUCCAGAACUGCAAGAGAAUACAUUUGUGUUCUUUUAAGCCACCAGGUUUGUGGUAAUUUGUUAUGGCAGCCUUAGGAAACUAACACAGGGCACAUAGGCAUAAACAACGUUUCUGAAAACUUAA